GUAGUGUGUUGACGUUGUCAUAAAAACGUCAGCUUCGUUCGACUCGAUUGUCGACGAUUUCUCGGGAAGUACAUCGAAGUUAUAUUAUUAUAAUAUUUAAAUUGUUAUGUACAAGUGGUAAUUAUAACAAUGAGGAUCACAAAUGUGAGACGCGGUCGUAUUAUCCGCAUGGGAUCAGCGUGCGCGAUUUUACUGACAUUGCUGUACGCAUUGCAUAGGUGGUCCUCGGAGAACGUCGGCGGUCAGUCCGACAUAGAACUCUUCUCGGACCCUCAACCCGCAUACUAUAAGUCCCAUCGCGAUGUCUACCCAACAUUAAAAACAGAACUUGGUAACUUCGAGCCUCGUGACUUAAGGGUGGUUUCAGGGCCCGGUGAAGAGGGCAAGCCUUACCACAUGUCUCAAGACAGGGCCAACGAUAUCGCUGAGUCAGAGAGUGAAUACGGCAUGAAUAUAGCUGCUUCUAAUGAUAUCGCUAUGAAUAGGUCGAUCCCUGACACCCGCCUCGACGAGUGCAAAUACUGGCACUAUCCGACAGAACUCCCCUCUACAUCAGUCAUCAUCGUCUUCCACAACGAAGGAUUCUCUGUCCUCAUGAGGACAGUCCACUCCGUCAUCGAUAGAUCCCCGCCGAAUUUACUCCAUGAAAUCGUACUGGUCGACGACUUUUCAGACAAGGAAAACUUAAAAGAAAACUUAGAUAAUUACCUAAAGCGAUUCAAGGGAAAAGUUCGCCUCAUAAGAAACGCCCAACGUGAAGGUCUGAUCAGAACCCGGUCGAGGGGAGCCCAGGAAGCGACCGGCGAAGUCAUCGUGUUCCUUGACGCUCACUGCGAGGUCAACAUAAACUGGCUGCCUCCCCUCCUUGCACCGAUAUACCGUGACUAUAGAACUAUGACGGUCCCAGUAAUAGACGGCGUUGAUCACAGAACUUUCGAAUACAGGCCCGUUUAUCAGCACGGGGCAAACUACAGAGGCAUCUUCGAAUGGGGGAUGUUAUACAAGGAGAACGAAGUCCCAGAGAGAGAAUCCAGUCUACACAAACACAAAUCGGAACCUUACAAGAGUCCUACACACGCUGGCGGUCUUUUUGCCAUAAAUAGGAGAUACUUCCUUGAAAUUGGAGCUUACGAUCCUGGUCUACUCGUUUGGGGUGGAGAGAACUUUGAACUAAGCUUCAAAAUCUGGCAAUGUGGCGGUAGCAUAGAAUGGGUGCCUUGUUCGAGAGUCGGGCACGUAUACCGCGCGUUUAUGCCUUACUCCUUCGGGAACCUCGCAAAGAAUAGGAAGGGAUCCCUAAUCACCAUUAACUAUAAACGAGUAAUCGAAACUUGGUUUGAUGAGGAGCACAAAGAGUACUUCUAUACUAGAGAACCCAUGGCUAGGUUUUUGGACAUGGGCGAUAUAAGUGAGCAGAUUGCGUUGAGGGACCGUUUGAAAUGCAAGAGUUUCGGCUGGUUCAUGGAGAACGUUGCUUACGAUGUGUACGACAAGUUCCCUAAACUGCCGAAGAAUAUCCACUGGGGUAUGGUGAAGAACAAGGCGACUGGUAUCUGUCUCGAUACUAUGGGUAAAGGCGCACCUGCAUAUAUUGGCACCGCGUCUUGCCACGGAUCUGGCAACAGUCAGCUGUUCCGUUUGAACGAGGCGGGACAACUCGGCGUCGGCGAGCGCUGCGUGGAGGCAGAUGUUGAUAACGUGAAGCAAGCCUUCUGCAGGCUCGGCACUGUUGAUGGGCCUUGGAGCUACGACGGGGCUCACAGUCAGAUAAUCCAUCGCCUACACGGCUACUGCCUCACCUUACAACCGCACACGCGAACGCUGGGCCUCGCGCCCUGCGACCCCAACAACACGUACCAACAGUGGACCAUAACGCAUAAGAAGCCCAACUGGGAGAUUUACGACUAUCAGUGACGAAAGCACGACAUUCCAUAUUAUUUAUCCAA